AUGAGCCGACAGCUGCACCCUUUCCCCGGCGGGGAGCGCCUGGGCUUCAGCGGCUGCUCAGCAGUCAUCUCGGGCAGGGUCAGCAGCAGCUCUGCCUCCUUCAGGGCGGGCGUCAAGGGCACCACCGCCUUUGGCAGCAGAAGCCUCUUCAGCCUGGGGGGCGGCCGGCGCCUGGCUCUGAGCGCCUCCGCCGGGCGAGGCGGCGCCUUCGCGCUGGGCCACUGCGCGGGCACCGGUGGCCGCCUGGGCGGCUUCGUGGGCACCGUCUUCGGCAGCGCCGGGCUGGGCCCUGUGUGUCCCUCCGUGUGCCCGCCAGGGGGCAUUCCUCAGGUCACCGUCAAUAAGAGCCUCCUGGCCCCCCUCAACGUGGAGCUGGACCCCAAGAUCCAGAAAGUGCGCGUCCAGGAGCGAGAGCAGAUCAAGGCGCUGAACAACAAGUUCGCCUCCUUCAUCGACAAGGUGCGGUUCCUGGAGCAGCAGAACCAGGUGCUGGAGACCAAGUGGAGCCUGCUGCAGCAGCUGGAUGUGAACAACUGCAGGAAGAGCCUGGAGCCCGUGUACGAGGGCUACAUCAGCACCCUGCGGAAGCAGCUGGAGACGCUGUCGGGGGACAGGGUGAGGCUGGACUCGGAGCUGAGGAACAUGCAGGAUUUGGUGGAGGACUACAAGAAGAGGUAUGAGGUGGAGAUUAACAGACGCACAACUGCUGAGAAUGAGUUUGUGAUGCUCAAGAAGGAUGUGGAUGCUGCCUACAUGAACAAGGUUGAGCUCCAGGCCAAGGUGGACUCCUUGACAGAUGAGAUCAAAUUCCUCAAGUGCCUCUAUGAAGGGGAGAUCGCUCAGAUCCAGUCCCACAUCAGUGACACAUCUGUCAUCCUGUCCAUGGACAACAACCGGGACCUGAACCUGGACAGCAUCAUCGACGAGGUCCGGGCCCAGUACGAGGAGAUCGCCCUGAAGAGCAAGGCUGAGGCCGAGGCCCUGUACCAGAGCAAGAUCCAGGAGCUGCAGGUCACAGCAGGCCAGCAUGGGGAUGACCUGAAUCUCACCAAGGCUGAGAUCUCAGAGCUCACCCGGCUGACCCAGAGGAUCCGCUCGGAGAUAGGCAGUGUGAAGAAGCAGUGCUCCAACCUGGAGACGGCCAUCGCCGAUGCCGAGCAGCGGGGCGACUGUGCCCUGAAGGACGCCCGGGCCAAGCUGGACGAGCUGGAGGCUGCCCUGCACCAGGCCAAGGAGGAGCUGGGCCGCAUGCUGAGGGAGUACCAGGAGCUCAUGAGCACCAAGCUGGCCCUGGACGUGGAGAUCGCCACCUACAGGAAGCUGCUGGAGGGCGAGGAGUGCAGGAUGUCUGGUGAAUAUCCAAACUCUGUGAGCAUCUCUGUGAUCAGCAACACCGGAGCCGGAGCCGGAGGGGGCUUCAGCGUGGGCUUCGGAGCCUCCAGCGGCUACAGCUACAAACCGGGGACGGCAGAACUCAAAACCAAAGGCAGCUGUGGCAGCGAGUUCAAGGAUCCCCUCCCCAAAACCUUGGGCAGCAGCUGUGCAACCAAAAAGAAGGCCUCCAGAUGA